UUACCUUUACUAUAACUUUAGAUGACUUGCUUAAAAUUACACGAAAAUUCUCAUCAAAAGAUUCAAAAUUAGAGACCUCAAAAGAGGUUAAUGCAUCAGAUUCUUCAUUAAGUGAGGUUUUCAUUAGUAGUUUAGAUAACAUAAAAACUGAAAAUUUUAUUAAAAAUAUGGACUUUAAUGAAAUGCCAGAUUGUUAUCUUAAAGAGGACAAUGAUGAAUUAUUAGAAGAAGAGGAAGAACCAAAAUCAAAGAAAAAAAGACAAUCUUCUAUGUAUGUACACACAUGGGUGGAUUUAUCAUUCCCAGAAUUACCAAAACGAGGAACUUUUAAUAUUGAAUCAGUAAAAAACA